UCGCAAUUUUCACUUUAAAGGAUGAAAUGAUGACAUGCCAAUAUGCAAGGAGAAGAAUGCAAUACACAAGCCUAUCAUACGUGUGACAUGUGCCGAUGACUGAAAUGUAUAAACUCUAAACAUGUUUGGAAAAAUCCUCUAUCUGCUGUUUGGUCUUGUGGCGCGCCAGAUGGAAAAUGAGGUGUCUGCGGCGCUUCUGUCAUCUAAUUCCAAUGGGACUUGUGCCAAAGCCAACCAAUACUAUGACGAGGACAAGGACCUCUGCUGUGAAUUGUGUGCACCAGGCACGCGCCUAAAGAUGAGGUGUAGCCAUGAGUCGGACACAGUCUGCGAAACCUGCCCGCUGGGCUUCUACAGCGAGAAGAUGAAUUACUACCCUAACUGCUUCAGGUGUCAACUGUGCCGAGAAGAUAGAGGCCUGCAGUACGCCCAAGAGUGUACUGCGUCCACCCCGGCCGUGUGCAUGUGCAAGGAGGGCAUGUUCUGCAGAUUCCGAGACCACAAUCACCAGUGCAGAGAGUGCAGGCGUUACACACUCUGUGCACCAGGAUUUGGUGUCACCGAGGCAGGGACCGCUAACUCAGAUGUCCGGUGCAUGCGCUGUCCAGUGGGAACAUUCUCUGACACGACAUCCUACACUCAGAGAUGUCAGCUGCAUACAGACUGCAGCUCUCAGGGGAGGGAUGUUCUGCAGCUCGGCAAUAUCGAGUCGGACACCAAAUGCGGACCCAGCGUGAGCCCCCCCCCAGCACAUGACCCCAGCACCACUGCUGUCACUCUCACAUCAUCCGUUACCCCCUACGCCGAAUCGAGUCUCACUAAUGCCAGUGAAACAGUAUACGGGUCGCACAUCACAACCUCCCAGAGCAUCCCAUGGGUUAUAGUUCCUGUUUGCGUAGUAGGAGCCCUUACAAUACCCGCCAUAGUUGCAGUGUUGAUCUUCAUCGCCUGGAUGCUCAACAAGAAGAGAGCGGGUGCAAGCAGCGAUGGGAUGCUUCCUUUGUUUGACUACAAAGGGUUGGGCCUACAGAAAGGUGGUCCGAGCAGCGUCCUCAAGUCUCACUUACUGGGACAUGCGCAGCCCAACUGCACCAAUCUACACUCCUCAGGCCAAGCCGUGCUGGAACCUCACUGCAGCGCCGUGGGUGGAAAGUCUCUCACUUCCUCAUCUUUGUCCCAGUUUCCGGAUUCCUGUGAAGAAGGUCACGGUCUGGUGGCGUCAUGCCAGUCAGCUGCUCUACCGUAGACGUGUCUCACACGGCAAAUGUCAUAAAUGUCGGUCCUAAAAAAGCAGAAUGACAAGUCUGGACACAUUAACAAGAUUAUUUCUUCUUAUGGGAAAACUGGAGUAUCAUAUACUGUAAUACAUUUUGAAUAUAUGGAUGGGUGCUCUGCAUAAUGCAAAGUCCAUUUUACAAUAUUGUUGACUGUAUACCAGUCUGAAAAGUGGAAAUUUAUUUUAUGUGUGUGUUUGAUAACCGUUUUUUAAAACUUGAAUUAUCAAUUUCUUUUUGGAUAGUCAAUCUUAAAUCUGAAACGAGCUUUGUUUGUAAUCGUAUUUGACAGUAGUCAUUAAAUAAUUUAUGUUGCAAAAGAUAUGUAUGUUUUAUAAAUAUAGGUUAAUGCUUGUGAGAUGUCAGAUAUUGUCAUAUAUAUAUAUAUAUAUAUUAUUCGGAAGUUUUUCGUUGCGUGUUAAAUUGUUAAAGAGGAGUCAUUGCUCCAUCUAGUGGUGACCAUGAAAUUUUUUUUCUGUUAUUUUGCUAAGCCAACGUAGCUGUUAAAAAGACGUAACAAAAUUAGCCCCGUGUUACACAGUUAAUGAUUUUUAUUUUAUACAUUACUUAUUUUUUUAUAUAAAAUUAUAUUUUAAUAAAUUAAAGCAAAGUUUUAAAUAUUUCUCACUUUGAUGGGGAGGGAAUAACGUGUGGUAAUCUCUCAUGUUUAGUUCAGAUAUCUUGUAUGUGCAUUUACCCCGGUGUGAUGGCCCCGUAUAGCGGAGCCCAGUAACAGCGCAGACCAUGCUAGGAAAAUGUGUAAAUAUCCCCUUGUUUGUGUUGUUCUAAAUACUUGUUGUGUUCCCCAUUGGUGUUGCGCCCUCACCUGGGUCAUGCGUGAGCUGUGUCUGAUCUCGUUACCACCGCGAUGCAUCUGCCCACCGUUACAGUAUAUAUUUUCACAAUUUUUGUGCAGGCUUUCUGUUACUGGCUAGUAAGUAUUAUAUUAGACGAUGAAUGUUACAUGGUUACAGUAAAAAUCAUACAUUAUAUUAGGAGCAAGAGCAAGUUGUGUAUAGAUAAUUCUCCUGGUUUAAAAAUCUGAUGGGCAGAUGAUUGUAACACAUAUUUAUAUAGGCCUGUAUCAUAACCACAUGGAUUACCUUAGAGCUACAUGUGUGUCUUUUGUAGUCGUUAAGUAAUGACAAAAAAAAAAGCAAAUGGCAAAAUGUUA